AUGUGGAUAUAUUGGGUCCAGCAAUAUGUCGUGGAAAGGCUGAGUCCAGAACACAUCCAUGCACUGAAGCCUGAACUCCAUCAAUUAGCGACCAUGGCUGAAAAUGAUAUCGUCGCGACCCGCAUUGGAGCCGCAGCCGGAAUAUGGGAGCAAGAAACCUUGAACCGUAUGCUCGACAACAAGAUACGCGCGUAUGAAGAAUUUUUGCUUGAGCUUAAAGCACUUAAAACCAAGACCUCGCCCGAUUAGCCAGUGUAGGGUAGGGGCGAUUAGCAAUCGCGUAAUCGCCCAUUCGGUUGGAAAUGUAUGAAUAUUGGACCUGACCCCACUAUCUCCUUUUCUUCUUCACCGACAGGCUGA